GUCCCGCUUUGAUGAAGCGGUCCAUGCAGAUAUCACGACCAGCCCAUUCCCUCGAGCUCCACUGUUCUGAAGUUGCAGGAGCGAUGAAGUUCGAGGACUUGCUGAUGGAGAGGAGCGAGGAGAGUCAACAAAGAGCAGACCUCGAGAACGAGGUUUUGAAGCUGCAAGCGGAGCUAGAAGGGGAGCAGGCACUCAAUAGGGCUCUCAACUGUGCCCUUCAUGGCCCAGUCACCGCCCAUCCUUGUCUCUCUUCUUUGCUCCCUCCUCAGGUUCAGAAGCUGUUCUCGGAAUUGGCAAUGGUGGAGGAAGAGAUUGUUUGGCUAGAGAGAAAAGUGGAGGAGAUGAAGCUGAGGCUUUACGAGGAGAGAAAGCGAACAAAGGAUUGGCAGAUGAUGCUGCAGCCCAGGGCCAGGUGCCGCGCCCCACCAAACCAUCUCUUCUGCAGUGGGCUCGAGUACGGGCCCAACUCCGAGCUCAAGAAACUUGAUCACCGCCCCGUCAAACUGCAGAACUCAGAAGAGAAGAGCAAACACGGAGUGCUGAGGCAGAGGAGGGCCUCUGUGGGCUCUGCUUCAGAUAUCCAAAGCAUGAGUUCCUCAAGGUCCAACGAAGAAAUCACCGAGAAACCCCGGAAGAACAUCGGAAGAAGUAUCUAUCCCGAUCCUUUAGAUAGUGCUGUCGAGAAACCGAAUGAGCUCUCUGAAGAGCUGAUCAAGUGCCUCAUAGAAAUAUUCCUCGAGCUGAACAGAUCUCCACAGGAUUACCAAGAUGGAAACAACAAUGCCUCGAAACUCGCCCUCACAUGCAUGACCUCGAAAUCUUUCACAGGAAGGACCUCAUUUAGCAAUGACAAUCCAACAAAUCUCGAUCCUUAUGGUAUCUUCUCGGAUUCUGAUGGCACAAGUUUUCGAGAUGUUGGGCCCUACAGGAACUUCAUCCAAAUAACUAGAGGCUCCCUCGAAAUCUCACGCUUUCCUGAGUGCUUGCUUGCGAUCAGGAAGUUAAGGGCUUUGCUGCAGAAAUUGUGCGAUGUGGACCUGACAUUUUUAACAUACAAGCAGAAAUUAGCUUUCUGGAUCAACAUUUACAAUGCCUGCGUAAUGCAUGUACUGCAUUUCUAGAACAAGGCCUGCCUUCCACACAGGAGAAACUGCUAGCUCUAAUGAAUAAGGCAUUAUUCCUUAUUUACCGCACGAAUUUUUUAUACCCUCUCGAGUUUCUUCAGAAACGAUAAUGAAUGGUUCUGCUGCAGGCUGCACUUAAUGUAGGUGGCAUAGUGCUCAAUGCUCUGGCGAUGGAACACUUCAUUCUUCGGCAUCCUUGUGAAGGAAAGCAAGGGUUGAUGGAUGAGAAAGAAAUGUUGCUUCGACACGCCUAUGGUCUCGGAUUUCCAGAACCAAAUGUCACAUUUGCCCUUUGCAGAGGAAGCUGGUCCUCGCCAGCGUUACGGGUGUACACGCCGGAGGAGGUUGUGAAUGAACUGGGAAGAGCUAAGGUGGAGUACUUGGAGGCUACAAUUAUGGUCACUGGCAAGAGGAAGAUAGUUCUGCCCAAGCUCCUGCAGUGGCACAUGAGGGACUUCGCCGACAACCUCGGCUCACUUCUAGAGUGGAUCUACAGCCAGCUGCCCCGUUCGGGCCCAUUGAAGAGGCUGCUUAUGGAGUGCUUAAACUACGGGGCCAAAUCCUCAGCCGCAAAGAUGGUGGAAGUCCGGGCAUACGACCCCAAGUUCCGUUACCUUCUGGCCCUGUGAGAAGAACCAGCCUGUUAACCGAAGUCGACGAUUGGUUGGAUUCUUCAAAUUACAGUUCGGAAAUUCAGUACAGAAGCAAGAAGUGGUUUAAAGAUCGGAUCAGAAGUAAUCGCGCCAACAUAUAUCAUUCAUUAUUUGGGUGAUUCGUCGUAAAUGUAUACGAAUAACUCAUGCAAUACUGCGAUUUAUAUCUGACUGCCUAAGCUUAUUAUAAUGUAAUUCAUUAUAAACAGAGUGAUAUAUAUGAUCAAUAAAGAUGCAUUUUUGUAUU